GGAUGUGGGCCACAGGCCGUGCCAUGGCUCCCAAGACGGUGCUGAUCACCGGCUGCUCCUCGGGCAUCGGGCUGGCCCUGGCCGUGCGGCUGGCGCGGGACAAGCAGCGCCGCUUCCAAGUGAUCGCCACCAUGAGGAACGUGGGCCGGAGCGCGGCGCUGGCGGCGGCGGCGGGGCCGGCGCUGGGCCGGACGCUGGAGAUCAAACAGCUGGACGUGUGCGACGAGGGCUCCAUCCGCGCCUGCCUCGACAGCAUCCCCGGGCGCCACGUGGAUGUCCUGGUCAGCAACGCCGGGGUGGGCAUGGUGGGCCCGCUGGAGAGCCAGAGCCUGGCGGCCAUGCAGAGCCUCAUGGACACCAACUUCUUCGGCCUCGUCCGCCUCGUCAAGGAGGUGCUGCCGGACAUGAAGCGGCGCCGUGGAGGCCACAUCGUGGUCAUCAGCAGCAUCAUGGGCCUGCAGGGCAUCGUCUUCAACGACAUCUACUCGGCCUCCAAGUUCGCGGUGGAGGGUUUCUGCGAGAGCCUGGUGGUGCAGGCCCUGCGCUUCAACGUGGCGAUCAGCCUGGUGGAGCCGGGGCCCGUGGUGACGGAGUUCGAGACGAAGCUGUACGAGGAGGCCGAACGCGCCGACUACUCCCGGACGGACCCCGAGACGGCCAAAAUCUUCACUGACCUCUACCUGAGGAACUCCAGGGACGUGUUCGCCAGCCUGGGCCAGACCCCCGAGGACAUCGCUGAGCACACCCUGCGGGUGAUCGAGGCGGCCCGGCCGCCGUUCCGGCACCAGACGAACGUGGCGUACACGCCCAUGGCCGCGCUCAAACACGCCGACCCCAGCGGCGCCCUGGUCACCGACGCCUUCUACAAGCUGGUGUUCAAGUACGACGCGGUGCUGCGCUUCGGGCUCCGCGCCAUCCGCCUGCUCCGCUGGAAGUCACGGAAGGUCAAGGCGGGCGUGCGGCUCCUGGGCUUCAAAUAGCCCCCUAGAACAGCCCCGGGCAGCGCCCACCCCACCCCCGGGAGGGCGGCUCGGGGGCGGGGGGCGAGGGGCCGGGACCCCGCGCGGGGUUUCUGUCCCGCCCCCGGCCCGAAAUAGCGCCCGCGGCCGCCGCCGCAUUAAACCUGAAGUGGGAGCGGUGUUUGUAA